AUGAUAUAAUAUAAUAAAUAUUACAGCUAAUUAGAAAAAUUUUUAAAGUCUUCACUCUAGUCUCAUUAAGUUCUCCAUAUUCAUCUGAGAAAGAAUUUAAUUGGUGAUGAAGUUGUAUCAGGCUUUAGUUCUGCCUUAGCAAAUUGCACUAAUCUAUCAAAUUUGACACUUAAUCUUAGUGCUAAUUAAAUUGAUGAUAAAACUGUAUCAAGCUUAGGUUCUGCUUUAGUAAAUUGCACUAAUCUCUCAAAUUUGACACUUUAUCUUAGUAUCAAUUAAAUUGGCUCUGAAGGGGCAUCAGGAUUAGGUUCUGCUUUAGCAAAUUGCACUAAUCUCUCAAAUUUGUAACUUUAUCUUAGUGGAAAUUAAAUUGGUGCAAUUGGUGCAUCAGGCUUAGGUUCUGCUUUAGCAAAUUGUGCUAAUCUCUCUCAUUUGACACUUGAUUUAACUGAUAAUUAAAUUAAUGCAAUUGGUGCAUCAGGUUUAGGUUCUGCUUUAGCAAAUUGCACUAAUCUCUCAAAUUUGACACUUUAUCUUAAUUCUAAUUAAAUUGGUACAAGUGGUGCAUUAGGCUUAGGUUCUGCUUUAGCAAAUUUCACUAAUCUCUCAAAUUUGAAACUUUAUCUAAGUUUCAAUGAAAUUGAUGAUGAAGGUUCAUCAGGCUUAGGUUCUGUUUUAGCAAAUUGCACUAAUUUCUCUAAUUUGACACUUUAUCUUUGUUCCAAUUAAAUCGGUUCAAUUGGUGCAUCAGGCUUAGGUUCUGGCUUAGCAAAUUGCGCUAAUAUCUCAAAUUUGACACUUUAUCUUACUUCCAAUUAAAUCGGUGAUAAGGGUGCAUCAGAAUUAGUAUCUGCUUUAGCAAAUUGCACUAAUCUCUCUAAUUUGACACUUGAUUUAAGUUCCAAUUAAAUUGGUGAUGAAGUAGCAUCUGGCUUAGGUUCUGCUUUAGCUAAUUGCACAAAUCUCUCAAAUUUAACACUUAAUCUUAGUUUCAAUAAAAUUGGCGUAAUUGGUGCAUCAGGUUUAGGUUUUGCUUUAUAAAAUUGCGCUAAUCUCUCAAAUCUGACGCUUUAUCUCAGCAACAAUCAAAUUGGUGAUGAAGGUGUAUCAGAUUUAGGUACUUCUUUAGCAAAUUGCACUAACCUUUCUAAUUUGACACUUAAUUUUAAUUCGAAUUAAAUUGGUACAAUUGGUGCAUUAGGAUUAGGUUCUGCUUUAGUAAAUUGUACAAAUCUCUCUAAUUUGACACUUUAUUUUAGCUUCAAUUAAAUUUGUGAUGAAGGUGUUUCAGGCUUAGGUUCAGCUUUAGCAAAUUGCACUAAUAUCUCAAAUUUGACAAUUAAUUUUACUUAAAAUUAAAUUUGUGCAAUUGGUGCAUCAAGUUUAGGUUUUGCUUUAAAAAAUUACACUAAUCUCUCAAAUUUGACACUUGAUUUUAGGUAAAUACAUCCUAUUUAUUUUGAAUUGUAAUAUUUUAGUUAUAAAAGUGAAUUUAAAACAAAACAACUCUUUAAUUUGUUUAUUAGCUUUUAAUUUGAUUUAUUUUUCUUUUUUUUAAUUCUCAAAAUUUUUAUUAAUUUUAAAUAUAAUUUUAAUUUAAAAAUUUUAUUCUAUCUUUUUAAUAAUUUAUAAAAAUUUAUUAUAAAAGUUUUAACUAAAUCGAAGAGCCACAAUAAUUGA